UUGUCUCUUAAGUAAAGAAAAGAAACUCACUCUCUUGGUGAAACUUCCAUUUUGAAAAAUCAAUGAAAGAUUCAAUCUUUGAUGGAAGAGAAGAGUUUAUGGUUUCACCACUUGGUGGAAUCCCACAACUAAGAAAAGCCCAUUUCUUGAAACCCAUCGCUUCUUCCAUUGAAGGUCCAAACUUGAAGCUUCCUUCACUCCCUUUUUCAUCUGAAUCUGAAUGGCCAUUGAAAGUCUCCUUUAAUGGCUGUAGGCAUCACCAGAACAAAUGGAAGAAAUGGGUUGCAGCCAUGGAGUCUGUUCAUCACUCUGUAUGGAAAGCUGCUGGUAUUUAUGAAGCUAUAAUGGGUUCAGUAUAUAAAGUCCAUACAGAUAAAGAUUUGAUUUUUGGGUUGGUAGAAAGGUGGUGUUGUGAUACUAACACAUUUCUAUUUCCAUGGGGUGAAGCUACUGUUACUCUUGAAGAUAUGAUGAUUUUGGGAGGGUUCUCUGUUUUGGGUGACCCUGUUUUCUUACCCCUUCAAUACCGUGAGUUGGUACAAAUUGAGGAAAAUCUUGAAAAAGCGCGAAGGGACCUUAUCGGAUUGAAGGCUGAUAAUCAUACUAGGUGGUUAAAUUUUUUCAUGAACAGUGGUAGGGAUUAUGAACAUGAAGCUUUUCUUUCUCUUUGGUUAUCAAGAUUUGUGUUUCCAGGUAAUGAGUACGAUAAAAUAGGUACACAUGUUUUCCCUAUAGCUGUUAAUCUUGCUAGAGGUACGCUACUAGCGCUUGCUCCUGCUGUUCUUGCUAGCAUAUAUAGGGACUUGAGCUUGUUGAAACAGACUAUGAUAAUGGCUUCAUCAAAAGUUCCAAGUAGAAAUAGAGACAGAUUUGACAUUCUUGAAAUUAGUCUUUGGGCGCCACAGUUCUUUGUUCAAGUUUGGGCUUGGGAGAGGUUGGUAGCUUUGCAGCCAGAGCAGGCUCAGAAUAACAAUAUGGUUAGUGGGGUGAGAAUAGGACGAUGGCACAAUGUGAAACAAUCAGGUGUGAUUAAUGUGAGGAAUACUAUUGACUCCUCUGGAGAGACGUUUCAGUGGAGGCCAUAUACCUUGGCUGUGGAAGGUUGGUUAGUUCCCAGGUUCUACAAGGAAAAAGAAGAGUGGACAGUAGUUGAAGGACAAAAUUUGGAUCAGGAAAUGGAGUCUUUCGUUCGAUGCUUGAGGGCGUCUGAGCUUGUUGGUUUAGAUUGUCAAGAACCUUAUCGACCAAAUCGUGUAGCAAUGCAGUUUGGAUAUGAUCAAGACUUCCCUAAAUGGAUUCCUCGCUCGCCUUCAAGUCCAGAACUUGCCUGGUACAACUACAGCAGACCUACUGAUUCUGAUUUUAGGUUAUACUAUCCGUCUAGGCUGUUUGAACCGGAUGUAACUAUACAGUAUUUGAAAUGGUGGAGAAAAGAAAUACUAUUUCUAGCUGAUGCAUUGAAAGGAUUUUCUCAUGGACGAAGAAGUAAAAGAAGAUCAAAACGUCUUUGUAACCUUUAUGAUUCUCCUGCUUUUGCUCCCAAGUUAAAGCAGGUGAAACUAGAAACUGAUUGGGAUGUUUGUGAUGUUCUUCCUGGUAUACGGACUGACUGUCAACCGAAACAAGUGGAGAAUUACCCUGCUGCUCCUCCUGGAUUUCUGAAUUACCCUGCUGUUCCUCCUGGAUUUCCGAAUUACCCUACUGCUCCUCCUGGAUUUCCGAAUUACCCUGCUGUUCCUCCUGGUUUUCCAAAUUACCCUGCUGUUCCUCCUGGUUUUCCUCCCAAGUGUUGUGGGAAAAAUGACAAGAAGAAUUUGUCUAUUGGAGUUUCACAAACAAUGGCUUGUGACAGUGUGCCUUGUCGCUCAACGCAGAAGCAUAUUGCAAAAAAGACAGUUUACACAUUCACUGACUAUGCACAUGAAAGCAAUGGCAGUAGCAUUGUAGUUCCCCCCAAGUGCAAUGGGGAAAAUGACAAGGAGAAUAUAUCUGUGGGGGUUUGUCAAACAGUGGCAUGUGACGUUGUGCCUCCUGGUUCAAUGGAGAAGCAUAAAGCAGGAGAGAGCGUUUACACAUCCACUGAUGCACAUGAUAGCAAUGAUAGUAGCAGUGUUGUUCUUCCGAAGUGUGUUUUGGAAUAUGACAAGGAGAAUUUAUACGUUGUGCCUCCUGGUUUAACGGAGAAGCAUAAUGCAGGACAAAGUGUUUACACAUCCACUGAUGCACAUGACAGCAACGAGAGUAGCAGUGUAGUUCCCCCCAAGUGCAACAGGGAAAAUGACAAGGAGAAUUUAUCUAUGGAAGUUAGUCAAACAGUGGCUUGUGACGCUGUGGCUCCUAGUUCAACGGAGAGGCAUGCUGGCUGGGAAGAUGACAGAAAUGAGAGUAACAGGAAUAUAGCCCGCGAUCUUGUUAACAAAUGUGAUGAUCUUAUAACGGAUAUAGAACUUAAGCUUAGCGAGCUCGAGAGACAAGUUGCUUUACACAGGAGAUGCUAGAUUCAAUAUAGUACGAUUUCAAAUACCUGUUUAUUUUCCUUUUGUGUAGUUUACUUGCUGUAGAGUUAUUGCUUGGUUUACCUAUUCAAAUUUUCUGCUUACUCUCUCUUUUGAUUAGUUUUUGUAUACACUGCUUGAAUAGUAUAUUUCUAGUUUUGGCAGUAAGGAUUGUCUGCAAUGCUGCUGCAUAGUUAUCAAAAGUUUUAUGAAUCCUUUGCAAAGAUCAAAAGAAUUCUUGUUUAGU